GUCGCGAGACAAGAAAGUAGUAGGAAGGGAGGAAGAUAGAGGGGUUGCGUCCCAGCCCCACCUGCUAUCUCCUCUCUUCUUCCCCUUCCUCGGCGGCUUUCCACCAUUCAGGUUCAGACUGGAGGGGCCUUCCUGCCAAUCUCCAGUGCGUGUUCUUCAGUGGAGGCGCCGGCCGGACUCGCGAUGGAGCGGGACGGCCAGCAGACCCGCCGCGACAAGCUCAUCAUCGAUACGGAUCCCGGCAUCGAUGAUAGCAUGGCUAUCCUAAUGGCGUUCAGAGCACAUACUCUGGAAAUCAUUGGGCUCACGACCAUAUUCGGCAACGUCGACACAGAAGGCGCAACAUGUAAUGCACUAUUGCUGUGUGAGAGAGCAGGACAUCCUGAGGUUCCAGUAGCAGAGGGCAGCCACGAGCCCCUAAAGGGAGGAAAGCCCCGUAUUGCUGAUUUUGUUCAUGGGUCAGAUGGCAUUGGGAAUCUGUUUCUUCCUGCACCCUCUGCUAAGAAGGUUGAGGAAAGUGCUGCUGAUUUCAUGGUUAAUAAGGUCUCUGAGUUUCCAGGAGAGGUCUCUGUGCUUGCUUUGGGACCCCUGACAAAUGUAGCAUUGGCCAUCAAACGAGACCCUUCCUUUGCAAGCAAGGUGAAUAAAAUAGUUGUACUGGGUGGAGCUUUCUUCGUGGCUGGAAAUGUCAACCCUGCUGCUGAAGCAAAUAUUCUUGGAGACCCAGAAGCAGCUGACAUAGUUUUUACUUCAGGAGCAGAUGUCAUUGUGGUUGGCAUUAACAUAACAACACAAGUCUGUUUGACAGAUGAGGGUCUCUUGGAGCUAAGAAACUCAAAAGGGAAGCAUGCACCGUUCUUAUCUGAGACGUGCAAGUUCUACAGAGAUUGGCAUGUCAAGUCUGAUGGCUUCCAUGGAAUUUUCCUUCAUGAUCCUGUGAGCUUCACUGCCGUGCUUCAUCCCGAGUACUUCACAUUCAAGAAGGGUGUGGUGAGAGUGGAGACCCAGGGCAUUUGCACUGGCCACACUUUGAUGGAUCAGGGAUUGAAAAAGUGGAAUUCAGAGAACCCUUGGUCAGGGUAUAAACCGAUUUCAGUUGCAUGGACGGUUGAUGUGCCAAAGGUUAUUGGCUUUGUAAAGAAGCUGCUCAUGGCACCAUGAGCAAGGUACCGCCAUUUAGCGACAUCAAUGCUCUCUGAUGCCCAAGAAAAUUUGGCAAGUACAGAGCCACUCUCCCAGCUGCAUUAUACUUAUUUCCUGGACCUGGAAAGCUUCCUGUUCCUCCAAUAGUAAGAGGAUCACCAUGGUUCUUUUAGUUGAGGUCUUAAUGAUUUAGAUCGACUUCUAUACUGCGACUAAAAAUAUCGAUAUCACAAGAGUGGAUAACCGUGUCUAAGCCAUUUCGUCCUUCAAAUCUGGGAGUCAAAUUGUGAAAGCUUAUGCAGCAGUCUCAAAUACCAUGAUGUAAAUUCUGGCGUAUGACAGCAUGUCUCACACAUUUGUAUCAAUACAUUUCGAAUCAAUGAGAUUUCCCAUACCCUC